CUUCUUCUUUCCCAUUCCCUCGAGCCUCGGCUGCCGUCAUAUCUGUCUCCGUCUGUCCCCCUGGAAAGCGUUCGUCCUUGUUGCCCUCAACAUCCUCCAAAACAUCGAGAUCCUCGAACCCAGCCGACAUCGCCAUCUCCCCUCGACUUCCCUGCGGUUACUCCCGGCCACUACACGGAUCCGUACACCGUACCGCACCCGCCCGCCCUGCCAUCAUCCGACUUGCAGCCGUAUUUUUCCCACAACCCAAUUUGCGCCCAGAGCAUGCGCGACUGAGCAAGCUACACCCUAAUAAGAUCCCGAGUCUGGGCUUUUCUUCUGCGAGAAGGCCAUGAAUGAUAGCCUGAUCGGGCAGAUGGAAGACGAAUAAUUGACUGUUUUUGAUCGCCUCGCCUUUUGGACUGUACAUCCCCACACCAAAGACUUCAUCAUGUUGUUAUAUACCAGACUCGCGCCACCCAAGGUUCCCAAGAAGCGCUCCCGCGCAGGAUGUAGUUAUUGCAAAGAAAAAAAGAAGAAAUGCGACGAGAUCCGGCCUCAAUGCGCCCGUUGUCUGGAGCGCGGCCAGGACUGCAACUACGAGCCCGUCCGGCCUCGCCAGCGUCGCCGGCGUGAAUCCAUCGCCUGCUUCACUAAUGAUGGCCACUCAUCCUCCUCGGGUUCAGAGCGGGCUCUCCAGUCGCCCGAUGCCACCGGUCCUGUGCAUCAGUGGAAGCAAGAAACGCCCGGCAGUGAGGCGCUCCUAGAUAUGACGGCCCUCGCGACUGAGGCAGAUCCAAUCACCUCCAAAGCAGCCAUUCCGAGUCCCCUGGAUAGCCUCUUCGCCUGGAGCCCGAGGGACCUCCCGAUCGUGUCUCCCAUCGACUCGAUUGAUUUCCAUUUUCCAGGCCUCGAAGACUCUAUUGUUACGGCUCAUGACGAAGAGGAUGACGAAGAGGGCGACGUCGAGGAAGUCGUCCGACAUACCCCGACAACAAUGGUCGCCCACACCACGCGAAGCCCAUCACUGGCUCUCAUUGCCCCCGUCUCCGUAUCGUCUCCCCUCUUCGAGUUCUGCUCUCCCAACUUCUCCGAAUUCUCCGACCGCACGAACCGCCGGGCCCUGUUGGACCACUUCUGCAAUGUGCUCUCCCACUUGAUCGUCUUCCGAGAGGAGCGUGGCAACCCGUUCCAGCAGCUGGUUCUGCCUCUCUGCCAAAAUAGCCAGUCGGUCACGAACGCCGUAUAUGCACUGGCAAGUGCGCACCUCGAGUUCCGCGGUGUUGAGAAUGGCGAGAAGAGCGUCUACUUCCAUAACAAAGCCAUCCAGGGACUGGCGCAAUUGAUUAAGCAGGGAGCGGGGGUGAACCAGAACGAACUCUUGGCAGCCAUUAUGCUACUCGUCUACUACGAAGUCCUCGUUCAGCAAGGCCGGUCAAAUAUUGUCGACGGCCAUCUCAAAGGCGCCCUGACCAUUAUGAGCAACAAUGAAACCGCGAGCGACCCAACCGGCAUUUUCCUCGAACGAGCAUUCCGCUUCUACGAUGUGAUUGCGGCCCUCUCUUUUGGGACAGCCCCCCUCUCCAGUGCUCCGGGAGCUAGCUACAUGACGCCCUUCCCUCCGCUCGACUCGGGAGGUGCAUCGUCGCCUUUUGGCAGCGUCGAUACCCUCCUUGGCAUGGCCACGUCACUCUGGCCUAUUAUCCAUCGCCUCUCUAAUCUCCUCGCUCUCAAGGAUCAACUCGAUUCUGCCGUCACCCAUGGGGAGCUCUCCAAGGUGGCCGUUCUUCGAACUGAGUUUGAAGUUACGGCCUCGUCUAUCGAGUCAGCUCUAAAGGAUUGGACUCCUGGCCUGCCUUCGGACUCGGUGCUUACUCGGAAUCCGGAGGAGCUUACCACCGAGCAGUCCGCAGAGAGGGGCCGCCUACAGAGCAUCCUUAAUAACGCGUUGGCAUAUCGUCACUCGGCCUUUGUCUACCUGUAUCGCACCAUCUACAGCUACCCCCGCACUCACCCGCUCGUGCAGCGCCACACCCAUGUCAGCCUAACGCAUUGCGUCGGAACCGUGAACAACGCAGGCCCCAUGGGAGCUCUCUUGUGGCCCUUGUUUGUCGCCGCCUGUGAAGCCACGAGCCUGGGCGAUCGAGACCUUGCACGUCAGGCUUUUGUUGCGAUUGACCGUCGACAAGGCAUGACAAAUAUCCAAAGAGCAUGGUGCAUCGUGCAGGAGGUCUGGAACCGUGCAGACAAAGCAGACCUGGUGCAGCAACAAGAGGAGGCCAUGUUGAUGGGUGUGAGGAGUGGGGGAGACCUCUGGAGGAGAGUAAGCGCUGACAUGGGAGUGACAAUCGUUUUUGGAUGAGGAACUGGGCUUUGAGACUACGGCGGACCACGAUACCACACAACUUGGGGGGGUUAGGAGUUAUUUACUGAAACGAGCAACAGGGUUGGACACCGGCGUCCAACGUGUUGAAGGGGAUGGGCGGUCUGCAAUGUGUUUUAUAUUGUGGGGAUCGUACUUGUCUCAUCUGAUAAGUGUCGACGGCGUAUCCUGGAUUUAGUAGCCUCGUAUCAAUUGAUUUACUAUGUUUAGACAA